AUGAGUUCAAUUGAUUUAGAUGACGAUCUUAUUUUUUUUAAUAUAGAUUCAUUAGAUGAUGAUGAUGAUGAUGACGAUGAAUAUUAUUCACGUACAAAAUCUGAUUUAUUAACAAAUGAUUGUACAUCAGUUGAUCGAAUUCAGUCAACAUCAACUAUGAUAUCAAAUAAUAACAAAAUGUCAGAUAUAACUGAUUUACUUGAUUCAACAGAAUUUAAUGAUAAACAAGAAAAUAUUGAUUUAAUAUCAACAAAUGUUGUAGAUUAUUUACAUACACAUAAUUUACAAAAUGAUCGAGAUAAUUAUGAAAAACAUCGAUGGGAAACUGAAGAAAAUUAUUUAAAAUAUGGUUCAAAGCAAUUAUCACCAAGUGAUUAUUUAACUCGUACAUCACUUUAUAAUCGUCCUGUUGCUUUUGAAAAAGAUUCACGUUUAUGGGCACGAAGUUUAUUAGAUAAUUUUAAAAAAUCCAAUCAAAAUUUUAAAUCAAAAUCAUCAUCAUCUGCUAAUAUGACUUAUUAUUUACCAGUUAUUAAAAAAUCUUCAUCAUUUGAUCGUCAUGUUCAAUAUAUUGAACAUUUAAAUGAAUGUAAUGAUUAUCCAGCAUAUUUAGAAUAUUUACGAGAAAAUCGUUCACAAUUAUUUUAUACACUUACAGAUUCAAUUGAUAUUAUUGAUGGAUUAAUUGGAACAGUUGUUUAA